CACAGUCACAUUUAUGCACAUGUUCGGAGUCAAAGUUUUUUUUUCUCCAAACAAGUGAGAGUACUUCGCCAACUGAAGCUCAAAGAAGAGGCUUGAGCCCUCGCCUGCCUGUCCACUCAGUGUCCACACUGCACCGCUGCUCUUUCGCAACAGUAGUCGGCGUGCUGAGCCACAAGCGGACCAUCUCAGCUCUCUCUCCGGGACUCCGAGCGAGGCGCACGGAGAGCUCAUUCCACAACACGUCAGUCCUCCAUGGCUCUGUGCAACGGAGACAGCAAGCUGGAGAUCAGCCCUGCAGAGCAGAAUGGGUCGUAUGAGGGGGCAGUUGCGAUCCUGGAUGCAGGGGCCCAGUAUGGAAAAGUCAUUGACCGAAGGGUGCGAGAGCUGUGUGUGCGCUCAGAGAUCCUCCCCUUAGAGACUCCAGCCUUUGCCCUGCGAGAGCAAGGCUAUAGAGCUAUUAUAAUAUCAGGAGGCCCAGCCUCUGUUUAUGCAGAAGAUGCCCCCUGGUUUGAUCCUGCCAUAUUCACCAUCGGAAAGCCUGUCUUAGGAAUUUGUUAUGGGAUGCAGAUGCUGAAUAAAGUCUUUGGUGGCUCAGUACAUAAAAAAAGUGUGCGCGAGGAUGGCGUGUUCAGUAUUGGCUUGGAUAAUACCUGCUCUCUUUUUAGAGGCCUUAAGAAGGAGGAACUUGUUCUCCUCACACAUGGGGACAGUGUGGAUAAAGUGGCAGAUGGCUUCAAAGUGGUCGCCCAGUCUGGAAACAUAAUUGCUGGUAUUGCUAACGAACAGAAGAAACUUUAUGGGACACAGUUUCAUCCAGAAGUAGAUUUGACAGAGCAAGGCAUGGUUAUGUUGAGAAACUUCCUGUUUGACAUUGCAGGAUGCACAAAUAACUUUACAGUGUUAAACCGUCAGCAGGACUGCAUCAAUGAGAUCAGGGAAAAAGUGGGCACAUCAAAAGUUCUGGUGCUUCUCAGUGGAGGGGUUGACUCUACAGUGUGCACAGCCCUUUUAAACAAAGCCCUGGACCAAGAACAGGUUAUAGCUGUUCACAUUGACAAUGGUUUUAUGAGAAAGAGAGAAAGUCAAAGUGUGGAAGAGGCCCUUACAAAACUUGGAAUUAAACUCAGAGUGGUGAAUGCAGCACAUACCUUCUACAAUGGAACAACCACCCUUCCAAUCUCAGAAGAGGACAGAACGCCAAGGAAGAGGAUAAGCAAGACAUUAAAUAUGACCACGAACCCAGAGGAGAAAAGAAAAAUCAUAGGAGAUACAUUUGUAAAGGUGGCAAAUGAGGUUAUAGGUGAGAUGAAUUUGAAGCCAGAUGAGGUCUUCCUGGCUCAGGGCACUUUAAGACCUGACCUGAUUGAGAGUGCGUCUCAUCUGGCCAGUGGCAAGGCAGAAGUCAUCAAAACACACCACAAUGACACAGAGCUAGUCAGAAAACUCAGAGAUGAGGGAAAAGUAAUUGAACCACUUAAAGAUUUCCACAAAGAUGAGGUCAGAGCUUUGGGAAGAGAGCUUGGCCUGCCAGAGGAAAUAGUCUCACGCCACCCUUUCCCUGGUCCUGGAUUGUCAAUACGAGUGAUCUGCGCAGAGGAGCCUUACAUCUGUAAAGACUUUGCAGAGACAAACAAUAUUCUCAAAAUUAUCACAGACUUCUCUGCCAGUGUCAAAAAGCCUCAUGCCUUGCUUCAGAGAGUUAAGUCGUGCAUAUCAGAUGAAGAAGAGGAGAAACUAAUGCAGAUCACCAGCCUUCAUUCACUCAAUGCCUUCCUUUUGCCCAUCAAAACUGUUGGUGUCCAGGGCGACUGCAGAUCGUACAGUUAUGUAUGUGGCGUCACAAGUAAAGAAUCCCCACACUGGGAAUCUCUCAUGUUCUUGGCCAGACUGAUCCCGCGCAUGUGCCAUAGCAUCAACAGAGUGGUGUAUAUUUUUGGGUCCCCUGUAAAGGAGCCUCCAACAGACAUUACUCCCACCUUCCUGACCACAGGCGUUUUGAGCACGCUCAGACAGGCUGACUUUGUAGCUCACUCUAUCCUCAGAGAGUCUGGUUACUCCAGUAAAAUCAGCCAGAUGCCGGUGAUCUUGGUCCCGCUGCACUUUGACCGUGACCCGCUGCAGAAGCAGCCCUCGUGCCGGCGCUCUGUGGUGGUUCGCACUUUUAUCACCAGCGACUUCAUGACAGGAAUCCCUGCCAUGCCAGGCAGCCAUAUCCCAGAGGAGGUGGUUUUGAAAAUGGUGAAUGAAAUCAAAAAGAUCCCAGGCAUCUCCAGAGUGAUGUAUGACCUGACCUCCAAACCUCCUGGCACUACAGAGUGGGAAUAGUGUGUAUGUUGACGGGAGGACACACACCUACACACAACUAUACACAACUACACACACACAACGCACAAACACUCAGCUGAUCUCAGAGAGGGCUCGCCCUUCUCUCCUGUCCUUCCUCUGUCCACUCCAACACAUUCCCAUGGAAGGCAGACUGUACUGUGACAAAGACGUGUCUACUCCACUCACAUCACAUCUUUUGGGUCUUAAUGUUUUGCCAAUAAGAAUUGACUAAUGUUAGUAAUCGAUAGUUGUCAUUUUGGUUAAUGUAUGACAAUGAAGAAUUUCUCUGAAACUGCUGCUUCUUUUAUGGUAAUUUAAUGAAAAAGCAAGCAACUCAUGCUGUGACUGUGGAGGUUCCUGAGAGUGGACUUUGAUGUUGUGCCUCAGAUUGUGAGAUGUGUGAUAUAUAAAAGCUAGUUAUAUACAGUUUAAUGAUUUUUAAAAUGGAACAACAGCAAGGUGUCAUUCUUUGUUUUUUUUUGUUUUGGGAGUAUAUGACAAUGUUCUCAGCCUGAGACGAUCCCUUUCUGCCUGUAUAUUUUCUGUCCAGAGUAAGUAACCUGCACAGAAAACCCAUGCGACCAAUUUUCAUGAGGCUAAUUUUUGCCAACAGAAUAUGUUAUACGUUACUGAACUCUGUGUACUCCUCGCCAACUUGAACUGAACAGUGGUGAAGAUUGGCCUGCAGUCACGUGAGGCCCAGGUGCAUAUCACCAAAAGUCAAUAUGAUGGCUCCAUUUUAGACGUGCCUACUCAUAUUUUCUUUAUGAAUUCUGUGGUCUAACUUUCCCAGAGGUUCUCCCAACAUCUUUCUCUUUAUGCUGCAAUCUUUCACGAGGACAUAACAAUGACAAAUAAUUACAUUUCAAUUCUUUAACAGCAUUGUGUGGAAGAUAAGUCUUUUUGUUGGCUGCUCUUUUCAGUGCAGAGGGACUUUUGCACACCAUUUAACCCUUUGCUUCAAAACCAGGUCCCUAACAGAGUUGUUCAGAUGGUCUUGGGUAGUGGUCAGGUUGACGUGGCAGUUUGUUGCUUCAACACAAGUUCACUGUGUUUCUCAAAGGCAUUACAGCUCCAUGUUUCUGUUGUAGAUGAUACAAUGCACAUCUUGGCUACCACUCAUCCUUCAGCCCUCUGUGAGUGCUCAGGUUUUACCGAGCUCAAAUACUUGUACAAUUAUACAUGUUAUCUCAUUCCAUCACAAUAGAUUUGUGCCUGUCAUCCCAUAUUAUAUACAUACCUUUUAAUAGAGAUACUGGUAAAUUCAAAAAGAAUUACUUUCUGACAUGUCUUAACUGCUAUUUAUAGUGUUUUCCUUUUGUUCAGCCUUAUUUGUGUAUUCUGCGAUCUUCAUUGAACUCAUUGGCUUGUCAAUUACCUACAUUUUUUGUAGUAAUUUAACUGCAAUAUUGAUAAGAUUAAGUUAUGCAAUUAAUGUGUUUUUUCAAAUUUGUUCUCUUUAGUAACGUGCCUCAAACCAAGCCACUGCAUGCAGUUUCAACUACAGUGACAUUUGUACAAUAAAAAACCGAGCUUUAAUAAAGAUCUCCAUGUUGAAACGUA